AUGCAGCGGUGGGCGGGGGUAGCUGCAUGGGGCGCAGCGAUGGUGCUGGUGAUGAUGGUGGUGCAGCCGUUCCGCUCUUCUCAUCCAGUCGUGAUGGAGCAAGCCGAAUCAGCGCUUGCUCAGCAUGAGCAGCAGCGACAGGCUGCCAGGGGCACCAUGUCAGGCUCCGUAAAACUCAAGAGCGCUGCCGCCCUCCUCAUGGGAACUCGCAAAGUUCGCGCAAAGAAGAUGCAGGUUGGUGGCCAUGUGGCUCCCGUGGCUCCAAAAAGCAAGCAGGUGCACAAGAAACUGAGCGGCAAGAAAAUCUUCGCUAGGAUGAUGUCUAUCAUCCACAAGAACGUUGCCGGCCAGAAGAAGCACAUGAAGGCGCCUCCUGCUCCUGCAGACAUUCCUGUGCCGAAGUCUGCCAAGAUGAGGCAUGGCAGAGCUAUCUCCCUCAAGCAAAUUUUGGAGGAGGAUAAUGCAGAUGCUGAGAAGGAAGGGAAGGGGAGGAGGAAGGAAGUGAAGACCAACGCCGACGAGAUCACAACAUUCAUUCUUGCUGGUGGAUUCGGCGUUGAAGACGUCAAGUACAUUGAGGGCGCUUCGGAUGCAGAUAUCCGAAUGGCCACUUGGGAUAAGGAUUGCAAGGCCAUCAUUUUCCCUCCUCUUCAUGACAUUCCCGAUUUCGGCCCAAAUGCUGUGAAGGAUCUGCGGGCGUUUGCUUCUCACGGGAUGCAUCACAGUGGCACGAUUCUGUUCAUGGGUUCCUCGGUAGAAGUUCACAUCAUCAACGAUGUCUUCGGCUAUGAGCUUGAGCAGGACUUCAAACCUGGUCCUUACUACAAGAACGAGAGGGGGGUUCUUGGAACAGCUCUGCAGGAUCUACCUGAUAGAGUGAACGAAUUGGGCAACACCGAGUCUCUUGGAGUGCUGAAGUCUUCCAUGCCUCCUGAGUCCAGAUCCUACUACGACUCGUUUGGUGACUCAGUGGCGUUCUGCGUUAGGUAUGACCUCGGCAGGGUUUGCUAUCUUGCUCAAGACUUCAAGUUAUUGGAGAGAAUGCCCCAAUUGCAGGUGGAACUGGCUGAGAGCGAAGAUGAGGAGCUGCAGAUCGAAGCGGAGCGCGAGCUCGAGGCGCUGGGUAGGAAGACAGACACGUGGUUGGCCAUUAUGGAAGGAAUGCUUCUUACUCCCGAGAUCUCCGCGCCUGAGCCCGUGAAGCCUGAAUCAGAUUGA